GACACCACACGUGUCUUGUUUUCGGUCCCGUUGUAACAUUUGUUUUUGUAAUUCACGUGUAGCGCUUCAAAAACAGACAUGGGGAAGAAACUCAAAGUCGGAAAGGCCAGAAAAGAUAAAUUUUACCACUUAGCGAAAGAAACUGGUUAUCGUUCUCGUUCCUCCUUCAAGCUUAUUCAACUCAAUCGCAAAUUCCAGUUCUUGCAGAAAGCCAGGGCUCUAGUAGACUUGUGUGCAGCUCCAGGUGGAUGGUUGCAAGUGGCAUCCAAGUUUAUGCCUGUCUCAAGUUUGAUUAUUGGUGUUGACCUGGUACCUAUUAAGCCAAUCCCCAGUGUUGUGACCCUGCAGGAAGACAUUACCACCGAGAAAUGCAGACAGUCUCUUCGAAAAGAACUGCAGACCUGGAAGGUGGACGUUGUCCUAAAUGAUGGAGCUCCUAAUGUGGGCGCUAACUGGCAGCACGAUGCCUUCUCACAAGCCCACCUGACCCUCAUGGCGCUGAAGCUGGCCUGUGAGUUUCUGGCCAAAGGUGGCUCUUUUGUAACCAAGGUGUUCCGCUCCAAAGACUACCAGCCCCUCAUGUGGAUCUUCCAGCAGUUCUUCAAGAAGGUGCAGGCCACCAAGCCACAGGCCUCCAGGAAUGAGUCUGCCGAGAUCUUCGUCAUUUGUCAGGGUUUCCUUGCCCCGGACAAAAUUGAUGCCAAGUUCUUCGACGCCAAACAUGCAUUCAAAGAGGUCGAGGUUCAGGCCAAGACUGUGAAGGAGCUAAUCCCUGUCAAGAAGCCCAAGGCGGAGGGAUACACAGAUGGUGACCUGACGCUGUACCACUCCUUCACAGUGACCACCUUUCUUAAAGCGGAAAACCCUGUGGAUUUCCUGGGCAAAGCCAGUGAGAUUACCUUUGACAACCCAGACCUGGAGUCCCACCAGGCCUCCACCAAUGAGAUCAAGGAGUGUUGUCGUGACAUCAAGGUCCUGGGCCGCAAGGAACUCCGUCUGUUGCUGAAUUGGAGGUCCAAGCUGAGAAGAUACCUGGCCAAGAAACUAAAGGAGGAAGCCAAACCGCUCAGCCAAGAGAUUUGCCUGAGUUCUGAAGAGGAAGAGAGUGAUUCAGAGAAGCCAGCACAGAAGAAAAAGGCUGAGGAAGAGGAGGAGGAUGACGAAGAAAAGGAGAUGGAGAAGAAACUGGCGGAGCUGAAAUCUGAAGAGGUGGCUGAGCUCAAACGGAAGAAGAGGAAGCUGUUGAAGGAGAGGAGGAAGCAGAGAGAGAGGGUGGAGCUUAAGAUGGACCUGCCAGGUGUCUCCAUCGCUGACACCAAUGACUCUUCCAUGUUUUCCCUCAGCACCAUCAACAAAACCAGGGCACUGGGCGAGAUCUCCAAAGGAGACAUGAGGGGAGCAGAUGCCCUGGCGGAGGGAGAGGAGGACUUCCAUGUGUCCGAGGGGGAGGAUGACGAAGACGACAAGAUGUCGCUGGCCUCUGAACUGGACGAUGAAGAUCUGGAGGAGGUGGAGCAGAGAGAGAAUGAGCUGGAGAAGAAGGCAGCAUCAAAGAAGAAGGUGACCUUCACUGAGGAAGAGGAGGAAGAAGGGGAGGAGGGCGGCUUACUGGUGGAGCUUGAGGGAAAGGAUGUGAAGAAAGAGCAAGAGACGAACCUGUGGUUCAGCAAGGGUAUUUUCUCUGAGAUUGGCCUGGAAGUAGAUGUGGCGAGCGAACUCAAACAGAGCCAGAUACUACAGAAGAGGCAAAAAGAAGGUAAUGGCAAGAAGAGGAAAGCUGAUGAGGAGAUGCAACCAACCCAACCGAAGGAGGAGGCGGGACCUUCACAGGAAGCAAAGGCAGAGAGUGACAGCGACUCAGACCAUGACAGCAGCGAUGAUGAAAAGGAGAUUGCCACGAUGAAGGGUACCAAGGGGCCCGUCGGGGUCUCAGGAGAGACAGAUGAACAAGAUUUCCAGGUGGUUCCUGUAGAGAGCACCAGUAAACGUGCCAGGAUCCUGAAUCCAGAAGGCUUGGCUUUGGGCAGUCAGAUUGCAACGUCAAAGAAAAGAGCUCGAGACCUGGUGGAUGGCUCCUUUCACAGGUUUGCCAACUCCGAAGACUUCUGGGAUUUGCCCGAGUGGUUCGUGAACGACGAGCAGAAGCACCGCAUGAAGCCAGUGCCGGUGACCAAGGAAAUGGUGGAGGAGUUCAAGGAGAAGUGGAAGGAGAUCAACGCCCGGCCCAUCAAACGGGUGGCCGAGGCAAAAGCCAGGAAGAAGAGGAGGAUGCUGAAGAAGAUGGAGCAGGCAAAGAAGAAGGCAGAGGCUGUGGUCAACACAGUGGACAUCUCAGAGAGGGAGAAAAUGGCCCAGUUAAAGAGCAUCUACAAGAAAGCCGGCGUGGGGAAGGAGAAGAGAGAAGUGACCUACGUUGUCUCCAAAAAGGGCACCGGGAAGAAGGUGCGACGGCCUGCUGGCGUUAAAGGAGUCUUUAAGGUGGUGGACAGCCGUAUGAAGAAGGACAUGCGUGGCAUGCAGAGGAAAGAACAGCGCGACAGGAAGGGAAAAGGAAAAGGCGGCAAUAAGGGUGGGAAAGGACGGCCGAUGAAGGGCGGGAAAGGGCGCAAAUGAAAAUGAACGCCCGCCCCAACUCCAGUCCUGUUUUUCUGGCUGACCAAUAAACGUCACCUGUCAGUUUGGUCAGGGAGCCAAGAUGGCUGCCACACCUUUAGCUCCUGUGUCAUGGGUGGAGGCCAAUAUGAACUGCGCUCAUCUAUAUAAAUGGCCUUUACAAACUAUCUCUGGCGAAUGUGUCUUUAACGUAAGGUGUGUUCUUGGGAUCCUGAUUCUCUGUAUGUCUUUAUCAAGAUGAAUUUGCCUUUACCUCCAUUCUUGAGUGCAGCUAGGUUAGUCAAUAACUUAAACUGCUGAAUAAGGUGAGUUUUGCACGACAAAUUAAAUUUCUACAAUAUAUUAAAAUUGUGCAAAUUCAUGUACUGACUAGGAAGUCUUAUAAAUAUAAAACAAGUAAUCUUUUACAAUAAAUGUCUGCUGAAAUAUGUGGUGUGAGUCAUUAAAACAUGCACAUUAUUCUGCACCUUUUCCCAGACAAUUAAAAUUCA